AACGGCAGCCACAGCCGACAGAAAGCCCAUGGCUCCAUGUAACAGGGUGUAUGAGCGGGCAUUUCAAGCAAGGUCUGAAACAUUUAAUGUUCGCACAAUCGCCGUAGCAAUGACUGAAGACAACUCCAGCGUCUCAGAAGUCCCGGGGCACCUUUUCGUCACGUACGCUGUCCCGAACGCCACAUGCCUGAAAAGCUUGAGUGACGUCGCACUGUUAUGUCAACCGAGCUGCCGUUGCGAGCAACAGUCUCUUCUGCCAGGCCGCCAUCGAGGGAAGUGACAGUUUGCGCAUGUACUAAGCGUAAACAAUGUGGCUUUAUUUAAUACACUUUGGCGGCUUUUCCAGGACACCAAAAGGUCAACGGGCACAUAAAGCUGGAAUUCGGAUUGGUCCGUGGGUUGGGAGCUUGCCGCUUACCGAAGGUCGUUGGUGAGGACCGGCAAAUGCGUGAGACAAUGUGCGAUCAACUCGUCAAGUUGUCAGAAUGGCCCGAAUUUCGCCCGUGCACAUCCAACUCUUUCAAGUCUGUGGAAGCGCUCGAAGAAGUUCCAAGCAUCCAGAACAACCUGCUUUGCGUGAUCAUCUUAGACAUCACUUCUCUAACGAGCUGCACAAGCGUGAACAGAUGGCUGGAGAGCCUACGGAACCAGCAGUGUACGAGCAGAGUGUGUGUCAUUGUCCACAAUGCCGACAAGGUUGCCAAGUAUGCCUGCCCUGCAGAUUACAUUCAAAAUCUGCGAAGACAAAAUCCAUCCAUUUUGUUCCUGUUUCAUGGACUUGACCAGAGAAAAUGGCAGUCCGACAUCGUACAAGUUCUGCGAUGGGGUGAAAUAGCCACUGGACUUCGUGGAAGCAUGACAACUCAGUACUUGAGGAGCGUCCCGCAGCUGCUCGACACUUCCAAGUGGAAGGCGGACUGCCUGCUUGCCCUGGAAUAAUUAGGGAGCAGCAGGUGGUACAAUGUGCGCAAUUUGAAGACCGUGUUCCUUUCGCACUGUGAACACUCGCUACAAUAAACUCGAAUUAGCCUAGAUCUGAGGAGGGAAUGGAAGAAACUUGUACAUAAGAAGCCAAUCAAUGAGCGGUAAGAGGGAAACUAGAGGAAUUCCGGAUCAAGCUACAGAACAGGUAUUCGGCUUUAACUCGGGAAGAGGACCUUAGUGUUGAAGCAAUGAACAACAAUCUUAUGGGCAUCAUUAAGGAGUGUGCAAUAGAAAUCGGUGGUAACUCCGUUAGACAAGAUACCAGUAAGCUAUCGCAGGAGACGAAAGAUCUGAUCAAGAAAUGCCAAUGUAUGAAAGCGUCUAACCCGUCUAAUAGAACUGGCAGAACUUUCUAAGUUAAUCAACAAGUGUAAGACAGCUGACAUAAAGAAGUAUAAUAUAGAUAGAAUUGAGCAUGCUCUCAGGAACGGAGGAAGCCUAAAAGCAGUGAACAAGAAACUAGGAAUUGGCAAGAAUCAGACGUAUGCGUUAAGAGACAAAGCCGGCAAUAUCAUUACUAAUAUGGAUGAGAUAGUUCAAGUGGCUGAGGAGUUCUAUAGAGAUUUAUACAGUACCAGUGGCACCCACGACGAUAAUGGAAGAGAGAAUAGUCUAGAGGAAUUUGAAAUCCCACAAGUAAUGCCGGAAAAAGUAAAGAAAGCCUUGGGAGCUAUGCAAAGGGGGAAGGCAGCUGGGGAGGAUCAGGUAACAGCAGAUUUGUUGAAGGAUGGUGGGCAGAUUGUUCUAGAAAAACUGGCCACCCUGUAUCUCAUGACCUCGAGCAUACCGGAAUCUUGGAAGAACGCGAACACAAACCCCAGAAUUGAAUUUUAUUUAGGUUUCUUAACUCUUAUUUAAACAUUAGCAGCUUGCACUAUUACGAGUCUUUCCAUUAUCCCUAUGAGUGCUGGCACUGACAUAUGCCCCUGGCCGUGCUUGAGUAAAGCUGUGCCACAUUUUCUGCAUACUCCUUCGCAUUCCUUUGAAGAUAAUUCAUGAACAUAGACCAUCCUGGUUGCGCCGCCAUCUUCACAGAAGUUGGUCAAGCUGCAAGUUUCUGGCAGGUUUCGUUUCUAUACAACAGAGGGUGUGACACAGCUUAAAUUUUUCUAUCUGUCAGUGUUGCUCGCCUCGGUUCUUUUUUGACCUUGCAGAAUGGAACAAAAAGCCCACCUGUUUUGUUAAUAAUAGAAAUAUUCCGGGAUUUCUAAUGAACUUCAAGGCACCGUAGUAUUGACUGCGCGGCGUCUUCAGAUGACAGUGAUAGAAACAAAAGAUUCCAUGUUUUCUGUGGAACACUAACUACCCCCAUUAAUAUCACUGACUAGCACAAGCAAUAGAAUUCAAUGAUUUGCUGAUUCAGGAACUUUGUAAAAUGUUCAGCAACGUAUUGCCAAUAAAUAGCAUUUGAAUUUAAA